AUGGCCUCUCCCAAGAUCAUUCUCUACACCAACCGUGGUUGCCCCUGGGCUCACCGUGCCCACAUCGUUCUCAAGGAACUUGGCCUGGAGUAUGAGGAGGUCACCAUUGACUUGACCGUGCCCCGCGAGCCCUGGUAUCUGGAGGUUAACCCGCGCGGUCUGGUCCCCAGUCUCUCGUACAAUGGCAACGUCAUCACCGAGUCCGGCAUCGUCGCGCAAUUCCUCGCCGACGCACACCCCUCGCACCUCCUGCCGGCAUCCGGCCCCGCAGAGAACGCGCUGUACCGUGCCCGCUUGUCCUUCUUCGUCGAUGCAUUCUUCAGCAAGGUCAUCCCCCACUUCUUCGCGAGCCUGAGAUCCACCUCGGAUGCGGAACGCGAUGCUGCCGUCGAGCUAUUGGUUGCCGGCAUCGUGAAGGAGGUUGAGCCUCUUCUUGCCGAUACCGAGGGCAAGGGUCCUUUCUUCGGUGGUAGUGAUAAGCUCACUUUGGCCGAGGUUCUGUCCGGCUCUUUCCUACUUCGCAUCCUUGGCUUCAGUAAGCCUGAGCAUGGAUUGGUUAGUGCCAAGCUGCCUACUCUGUUGGAGCAGCAGGCUCCACGAUUCAAGCGCUGGGCUGAGGCUACUACUGCGCAUGAGAGCGUUAACUUUAUUUGGCAAGAAAAGGCUGUUGCGGAUCGGAUGCGGGCUAAAUUUGCUCCUAAGCAGUAG